CGGGGCCGCCGCGCCGCCCCGCAUUGUCCGGGCGGCAGCGCAGGAUGCGGCGCCCGGUUCGGCCUCCCGGGCUGCGCUAACGGCCCCGCCGGCAUGAGGAGGUCUGUCGAAGAUGCACUGGUCACCAGAUCAUGCCCAGUCCCUGAACCAGUGGCCGGAGCAGCACCUGGACGUCUCGUCCACCACCUCCUCGCCGGCCCACAAGUCCGAGCUGUACCCCAGCACCCGCCAGCGCUUCAACUACGCCUGGGCCAACGACGACAUCUCGGCGCUGACGGCCUCCAACCUCCUCAAGAGGUACGCCGAGAAGUACUCGGGGGUGCUGGACGCGCCCUACGAGCGCCCGCCGCUCGGCGCCUACGGCGAUGGCGCCUUCGGCCCCGUUAACGGGCAGAAGGACGGCGAGCCCUGGCCGGGGGCGCACGGCUCCGACGGCUCCUACGCCCUGACCCCCAUCCACGACGGCCUGGCGGGCGCCAAGGGCGUGGUGCCGCCCGCCGCCGGCGGGGCCGUCGGGCUGGGCGGCUCCGCGGCGGCGGCGGCCAACCUCGGCGACGCCGCCUACGCCGGGGGCUCCUGCGGGGCGGCGGCCGGCGGCUCCGGGGCGCUGGGGGCGUCUCAGGAGUACCCCUCCGGUUACGCCGGCACCUACCUGCCCUCGGGCUACUGCGCCCAGCCGGCGGCGGCGCUGCCCCCUCCGCACCCUGCCGGCCUCCACGGCUCCGGGCUCCUGCAGCCCCCGCACGCCUCGCCCGCCCUGGUGCCGGGCUACGGCUCCUCGGGCGCCGUGUACAACUACGCCGCCGGCGGCUACCCGCCCCAGCCGGGCUACGGGGGCAUCCACCCGCCGCACCCCUCCGCCUCCUACCUGCCCUCGGGCAUCGCCGCGCCCACCCCCAUCCCGGCCCCGCCGCCCUGCGCCCGCCCGCCGGGGGUGCCCGGGUACGGCUACCAGGGCGCCGGGCUGGGCGCCCUGGCCGUGCCGCCCCUGGGCACCGAGGCGGCGGGCGCGCUGAAGAGGAAGGCGUUCGACGGCGGCGGGGAGGACGACGGCGAGGGCAGGUACAGGAAAUACGGCUACGAGCAGCCCAAGUCCCCCUACGCCCUGUCGGACAACGGCGAGUGCCGGGGCAACGGCUUCGGCAGCAGCGGCGAGUCGCCCCAGGUGGCCUUCAAAGCCGGCAAGCGGGCGGCGGGCGCCGGCGGCGCCGAGGAGCCCGGCAGCAAGUACGGCGGGCAGCAGAUGAAGGGGAUGGCGUCGCCGGCCUACGGCGCCAGGGACGCUGCCCUGCGGCCGGCGGAGCCCUUCGAGAAGUUCAGCCCCCCCGUCGCCAACGGGGAGCGGGCGGCCGAGCCGGGAGCCCCCUUCCCGCUGCGGCCGCCCCCCAAAGCUCUGGAGGAGCGGCCCAAGAGCGUCGACCCGCUGCUGCUGGAGCUGGUCAACGCCAAGGUGGUGGAGCGCGGCCCGCCGGUGCAGUGGGCGGACGUGGCCGGGCAGGCGUCGGUGAAGGCGGCCAUCGAGGAGGAGCUGCUGUGGCCCAUCCUGCGGCCCGGCUCCUACGGCGGCGCCGGGCACCCGCCGCGGACCCUGCUGCUCUUCGGGCCCCGCGGCACCGGGAAGACGCUGCUGAGCCGCUGCAUCUCCACCCAGCUGGGCUCCACCCUGCUGCGCCUCAGCGGCGCCGCGCUGCUGUCCACCUGGAAGGCCGAAGCCGAGAAGAUCCUCCAGACCGUGUUCUUGGUGGCCAACUGCCGGCAGCCCUCCGUGGUGCUCAUCACCGAGGCCGAAUCCUUGCUGGCGGCGCGGGCGGGCGAGGACGGCGGCCAGGCGAGCGGCCUCAAAUCCCAGCUGCUCUCCUACCUGGACGACGUGGCCGCCUCGUCGGAGCGCGGCGUGGUGGUCAUCGGCACCACGGCGCGGCCCGGCAGCAUGGACGAGGCGUCGCGCCGCCGCUUCGGCACGCGGCUCUACGUGGCACCGCCGGACGGCGAGGCGCGGCGCCACAUCCUGCGCCGGGCCCUGGCGCAGCAGAGCUGCCGCCUGAGCGAGCGCGAGCUGGCGGCCCUGGCGCAGCGCACCGAGAGCUUCUCCGGCGCCGAGCUGCUGCGCCUCUGCCAGCACGCCGGGGUCGCCGCGCGCCGCGCGCCGCCGGGACCCCCCGGGCCCUACCAGGAGCUGGAGAAGGCGUUCUGCAAGGUGCGCCCCGCCGUGUCCCAGAAGGAGCUGGACUUGUUCCUGGAGUGGGAUAAGAUGUACGGCACCAGGCACUGAGGGCGGUCGCACCCCGAGGCCGUGGGGGGACA